AUGGAAAAAGAUGUUCUCGGAGGAGUUUUGGCGGAUAUUUGGGGAUCGCCGAAGAAACGAAAAUCGCCAGAUGGCACUCCUAUAAAAUCAAAAAGCCCAAAACUCGCCUCACCCAGAACACCGUUAUCGCCAUCAAAAAUCAACAUCGACAACAACAGGCUCGUUACAGAAGCUCAAAAACGAACUGUCAAACGAAACCUCUUCGACGACGUUCCAGUAAAGAAAAUCACAGCGCUGAAAAUAGCCGCCAAAAACGAAAAAGUAAAGGUCAUCACUCCGCGAAAAUCGAAAAAGAGCCACUGCGAAAUCUUCGGUAAAAUCAAAGCGGCGCUAAAUUUGGAGUGCCCGGAUAAGAUUCUCGGACGAGAAGCCGAGUUUGAAGCGAUUAAUGGAUUCAUUUCUGGCUGUUUGAAGAAAGAAGAGGGCAAAUCGAUGUACGUUUCCGGACAACCUGGCACGGGAAAGUCCGCUACAAUCAAUAAUGUGAUAAAAGAGCUUGGCUACGAACACACGGUUUUUAUCAACUGCAUGGCGGUGGAAAAAGCAGAUCAAAUCUACACAAGUCUACUAGAAAAAUUCAACUCAAAGAUCGCCAUUCCAAAAACUCUACGAUGGCAAAAGAAAAAAUUCCACGAUUUCGCAACUGAUCCCUCCAAGCCGAUGAAGCUGCUCGUCCUCGACGAGAUGGACCAGCUCAGUUCGAAGAGCGAAACUGUUUUGUAUGACUUGUUUGAUUUGGCUGGCUCGAGUGGCUCGCGUUUGAUACUGAUCGGCAUCGCCAACGGUUUGGACUUGCUCGAUCGAGUCCUACCAAAUUUGAGCAGAAGGAAUCACCCCAAACAGUACAACUUCGUUCCUUACACGGCGACGCAAAUUUCCGAUUUGGUAAAAGACAGACUCACGCCAGAAAUGCUUACGAAACUUGAACCGACCUCAAUCCUCAUGUGUGCAAAAAGAAUAUCAGCUUUGGCUGGUGACGCUAGAAAAGCACUAGACGUACUCCGCGGAGCUGUUGAACUCGCUGGCCGGGAGCAAGCAUCGAAAAUUACAAUUAUGCACGUCAACAAUGUUCUGAACAAAACAUAUACAGAUCGAAGCACUGAAGAUGUUCCCUUACAGCAACAACUAAUUAUCAUCUCGUUAAUCUUGCUAGCUAGAGAGGAGAAACCUCAAAAUACGAUGGCCAUAUUGCUGAAAAAAUACAAAACAGUUUCCGAGAAAGCUAAAUUGCCGAAAGUCGAGGACAACGAAAUAAAAGAUAUUAUCGAUCUUAUGAUUCAAUCUGCGCUGGUAACAAAAUAUCAACCGGCGGGGCGAAAGUUGCCUAAAUACAGCCUUUCGAUGGAUGAAGAAACCGCUGCUAGAAAAAUUGCGAAAAAGUCUCUCAUAGCUUUGCUGUCAUAA